AGAGCCGCGAAGUCUCCUCGUUGUGUCUCAGGGAGAGUAUCACCAGAGGAUUCUGGUGUUCAAAGUUCAAAGUUCAAAACUUAGUUUGUAACUCUCAGGGACAAUUGUGGGUACAAGACAUCAUCCUGAAGUUACCUUUAACUUCCAUUAGCCCUAGUUCAUGUCACGGUUUCAGUGGAGCUGCCUUCCGCCAAUCACCCGUGCGAUACCGGCAUUCUGGAAAUCUUUCACCGAGGCUUUGCCUCAAUGCGGUUAACCUUGGCGGUGAGAUUAUACUGCCGUGCUAUACCGCUUGCAUAUCUCCAGGGCUGAGACCUAACUACCGCCUACCAGGUUUGUAUUACUGCCGGACUUCCUUGGUUCCGGCAAGGUUGGAUACAUCCAAUGCCCCAGUUUCACAUCAAUCCUCUCUCUCUAGAGCCUUCGUUCGGUCUUAAAAACGUUUUAGCCACCAAGUCCAAUUAUUGCCUGUCCCUAUCCCAGGGUCUUUCGUUCGUUAUCCCUCACCACCGACCCAAUUGACCCCCGUAACCAACUUUCUCCGGCCGCGCAUCACCCCUCCUACCAAUCAAGACCAACCCGAUGACGACCACCAUGCGAACCCACGACGACUUCCUCGCCGACCAAGAUGAGCCCGAACAGCCCACCAAAAGAAACAAGGUUACACAUCCCGCGAACCGCAUCUGCUAUGACUGGAUGGUCGUAUCUGGAAACUGUCACUAUGCUAGGGACCGCGCCGUAUUCACGACCUACCGCUCCGUCGACCUGCGCUUGAAAAACAACAUCUUCAAUCCCACCGACGAGCUACACGUCGCGGGCGUCGGGACCGUCCAUCUCACCGUGUGUAGGAGCCCACAGGAUCCGACGUCGCAUGUCAUCGUGUUGGAGGACGUGUUGCAUAUCCCCGAAGCCGUGUGCAAUGGAUUCAACCCGCUGCUGUUCGGCAGUAGCAUGUCAUGUAAUACGGAUUACUGGGAGGGUGCGGAUCGGAGUGGACAGCCGGUGUGGUUUAGUUUGCCGUUUGCGGGUCAUACAAGGUUGGUUUUGGCGGGGGAUCCGAAGGGUGAGUCCGAGUUGAUUGAGGGGAGGUAUUAUACGCUUAGCUUGUAUAUUACGCCGGAGGAGAAGAGGGACCUGGCGGCUGGAGUUGUGAAUGGGAAUGGUGUGGCGUUUUGAUAUAUAUAUUUUUUGGUUUCGGGGUCUUGGGUUGGGUACUUUUGUAUACUUCUAUGUCUAUGUGCUAGGGGUAGGCUUGUUUGGGUAUUGUAUUUAUCGGUUGUAUA